GGCUAUCUUCGACGCACAAAUGCCGAUCCCUAUUUUAUUGGAAAAUCGGUCACGGAGGUUUUGGUCGCUGCGGGGACGCAACUGAUGGCCGAGUGGAACCGUCGGGGUGCCUCGAGGAUGAUCCAUGAACUCGAUUUCGUGGUGCCAGCGGUUCUAACUGCGGUCUUUGGAAAAUACUACAGGUAGGUAACGUGCAUACACAUAUUCGUAUGGGCGGAACGAAAGGAGCCAAUCAAUUCCAAUAGAGUUUUGUGUACCAUCAGAAGCACACCAGAUCAAUGUCAAAUUAUUGAAUGGCCCCAUCCGUGGCUAUUUCAACGCCGAUGCAUCUGGAAAAUUGGGUACUGUCCGAGCUCAUCGGUAGUACGUGCAAUGGAGCCACUCGCUGGACCGUUCACGGAAUCCGAUGCGGCUUUGGGUGUUGCAUCUAUUUUGUCUGUCUCGAAGAAAAACCUUUCGAAUUUUCUUCGGGCCCUGACGGAUGCGUCCAUUUCGAUUCGAUUCGAUUCGAUUCAAUUCAAUUUGUUGCACUGGAUUGGUUUGUGGUUUCGUUCUCGUUCGGAUUGAAUUUUGCGAUUUUCCGUUUUCGAAACAAGCUCACCUUUCCUUGAAAUUGCUGGUUCCAAUGCAUGGUUUGCGGGCGCAGCAUGUGGAGAACGGCCAAAACCCUGGACGGCGACGAAACGAAGGGCGGCGGGGCCCCCGGUGCCGGGGAUCCCGUCCUCUUUGGCCGCCUCCCGGUUCCGUCAAACGCCUUCCAGCCACGCAUGGCCGACGGCGUUUCCGUGCCGACCCUUCGGCAGCGGCUGGGGUCCUUCCUGGCCCCCGUCCCGGCGCUCUUUCGCGCGGGAACGAUCGCCAGCGGCGUCGGCUACGGGAUCGUUGCCGUUCUGGUCGCGCUGCGUUCCAGGCUGGUGCCGUCCUUCCAAACGCAGACCGUCCCCGUGAACGUGUUGUAUGCCUCGGUGUACACGGGGUGCUUCAUGGCGGUGGUCAGCAACCUGCGCUACCAGGUCCUGCAGGGAGUCGUCGAGCCGAUCGCAAUCGACCGGUGGAUCUUUUCCGGGAUCGGGGACGGUGGGGAGCCCGGGGCGAAGGCCCCCCGCAACAAGAGGGUUCGAUCGCUGGCCGCCGCCCGUUCGGUUUUGAUCUUUGCGGUUCGGUGGGCGAACGGCCUGCUGGGGAGUGUCCUGGCCAUCAGUGGGAUGCGCUUGCUGGGACUGCAACGCCUGAAAGGUUGAGGAGGUUUGGCAAUCAAUUUGUACCUGGCAUCGCUACUGUGCAUUUCGGAGAGAACCAUUACCAGUUGUGGGUAGUCAUGGUGCUUGGAGUUUGUUGUAAAGAUUCUGCACCAAGCUUUGCAACCGAUGGCUGUGGUACCCAAUCAUGAACAAGGAUCUGGUAACCUGCUGGAAAGAUAAAGAUGUGUUGAAGAUUCUUGCAGUGCACAAGCUUCCAUUCGAAUGUAACAGAAUUAGUUCAACACCUUUGAUGAUAUUUAGUGUAAUACUGUAUUUACUACCAUGCCUCUUGUUCCCAAGAUGAAAUCCCGUCCAGAGGAUUUUGAAAAAAGAGACACUUCGCUUUGUUUCCUCCUUACUUUGUAGAAGUACGGUAGUACUAAUAGUGUUGGUAUUUCGCGCGGAAUCCCGCGCCGAAGAGAUCUCGGUUCCCCCCUGUAGCGUACAAAACGUUGCUCUGGUACUAUUCGUAUCGUACGGUUCGUACGUUGUCCCGUCUACCGGUAUGAAAGAAUAAUAUGAAUGAUCAUUGCUCUGUAGAUCAAUCGAAAUGAUGAUGGAAAAUGAACAGACCAGUUUCUACGGAACGAGUCCCUACGAGUAAGUAACUUGUACGGUGCAUCCGCGCCAGGAGUUUUGUUUUGAGAUGCCGUGCUGUCUGUUGUAGACUUCUCGAUGAGAGCUUUUCUUUGUGCACAUUAGAAUAACAAAGCAACGAGGUGAACGGUGCACACGCCGCUGUGUGUGUUGAUGACAAUAGUUUGCUCGUCUCCACCCACUUCAUUCCAAUACGAAUAAGACCAUUUGUUGGCCUACAGGGCUUAUCAAUCCCAGAGUUCUACCGCGAUUCUAGGACUACAAGCAACAAUACUGAAUGACAAUACGGUUGCAUCGAAAUCCGACCGUCUUCGAUCCGGGCUUGAUUCGCGAACACAACCGUAAGCGUGGAGCGACGGAGAACCCGCUGUGAAUACAUCCACGAUCGUGGCAACUCUUUUCCUCUCUUUUGCUCCAUCCACGCCACAACAAGGGGUCCGCUGUGUUCAUUGCUUCGUUGACUCUGCACAAAUCCACGAAACGGCUCAUAAUUCUCGACAGCGAAUCCACGGAAUCCGGCCGUCUCUGUCUGUCUCUCUCUCUCUUUCGUUGCGCUCGGUUCUGGUGGAACGAUGCCGUAUCCAACGGGAGACGAAGACUUUCGGCAGAGGCCCGGAAAGCGUAGGCGGACCGCCAAUGGCGCCUCAAACCACGGCGAUUCCCGUCCGGGCGAAAGCAGCGGCAACAGCGGCAGCAGCCUCGGUGCGAUCUUCGAUCGGGUCGCGGAACGGCGGCGGAGGGAAGUUGCGGGGCUCGCACCGGGCGCGGCCAGGGCCCUGCUGGUGGGCAUUCGGGAGGAGACCGGGAAGGGGCUCCCGUCCCUGGCCGCGGCGGAGGCCCCGGCGCACCGGGCCCUAAACGCGGAGGCGGCGAGCACGGACGUCCUGGGGCUGGUCGAGACCGAAUACGAGACAAUCCGGAACGAGGCCCUCCCCCCCGACGAGCGGCGGCGGUCCUGGGACGUGGUCGGCGCGGUCUUUCGCCUCAUCGAUGGCUUUCGGGGACGGAACAACCCAGACCAGCAAGAAGCCGGGUUGGCGAAGGGGAGGGACGCGCCCGGUGUGGUGGAGAACAACACCGGGGCCAUUGGAAGAGCCAGCCACGAUGGCAACAACAACAACAACAACAACAACAACAACAACAACAACAACGGCAGAAACAACAACAACAACAGCAACGGCAGCAAAAACAACGGCCAGAAUGGUAUCAACAACACAGGUGCCACCUCUGUAGCCGCUUCUGCACAAACGUCGGCACCAACGUCCAAGAAAACUCCGCCUUUCUCGAAUGCCCGUCCGACUACUCAGAAGUCUGCCGUUCCUGCUACUGCGGCAACUCCUGCGACGGAGAAAAACGGAGGGACCGUGCCGGAGAAGUCUUCUCGUUCGCAACAAGCUGCCACAACAAACCAUCAAAACAGAAUUAGCAAAGCAGCUACCCGGACGGUGGCUUCUCUGUCGGCCGCAUCCGCCUCGACAAUGGCAACGGCACUGAGCAGCACUUCGUCGAGCGUUACAAAUCAUGCAACUCGCAACAACACGACCGGAGCCCUGGCUCCUUCUACAGCUCCCGUUGGGAGAGCUCCACCUCCCUAUGAGAAGAGAUCCGCAACGACACAACACCACAAGGCACAAAAGCAACUCGAGCAACAGCAACGACUGCAUCCGGAAGCAAACAAACACGCUUCUGCGAGAGAGAAACAAGGAUCCMAGGCUAGUAAGCAGACCCGGGCGGCAACCAAAACCGUGGCAACGAUGCCCGGAAAGAACGGCGCAACAAACCCGCACGCCAACAAAACCAACGAGAGUGCCUCGGCAGCAAAGGCAGCACGAAUUAGAACGGCGGCACAAUCGUCAACAUCAGCAGCUACCGCGGCGGCGUUCGAUCCGCCGUCGCAGCCCGCCACUACCGCCAGCGCAAUAUCGAGGUCUUUCUCGUCGGUUUCCACCAGCAACUCAGCCAGCCUCCAAUCGGCACCGAUCCAAGACAUGGCCGCGAAUACGUCCUCCCCGGAGAACGACUCCCUUGAUACCGCGGUGGCAGAGCAACCGAUUCCGACGUCCAAGACCAGCGAGGUGAGCCUUCCGGCCGACGACAGCACUCAGAAGCCGACAAUAUACGGCUGCUUUAUGGAAGACCGCCCGCAGGUUUCGCUAAAAUUCCGACAGCACACACCCACAAAGAACAUGGCCGAACACUUUCUGAAACGAUUGAAAAAAUGGGAUCCCUAUUGGAAGAUAGAAAACAGCCUGCACGUAGGACUCACCGCUCCCGUCACGGAGAAGAGAUGGAUGCGAAAAACCGACAAAGUUCCGGACAAAUAUUUUCCCAACACGGCGGGUUUCUUUACGAUCAAGAAUCUUUUGAAAACCGUGGGACCCAGAAUCCGCCAGGUUGGCGCGAGCCGGGCCCCAAGGAACGGGGAACUCCGGGUUUUGAUUCGGAUGCUUCCCCUUGACCUGUCGAAGCAAGACUAUGCCGGGAAGAAUCGGGCGGACCUGCACAUUUGGCCCAAGGGAACGUUUCUGCAACUCCACGCGGCACCCUCGACGCGCACCAAGCCCCGGCCACUCCAACUCCGGCAGCGAAAGCAGCAAAGCCACUGUUUCACCAAGUGGCUCGGCAUAUGCAACCACCUUGACGUGACGUCUUUGCUUCAUUCCGCGUGGUCCUCCACGACGACCUCGCUCAAUGCAUCGUCCGAUACGACGGUUCAGCUCGGUUGCUACGAUCCCGAGCUGUAUUUUUUCAGCGUUGCGCUCUGCCGAUACCAGGAGCCAAAGACGAUCGUUCACAACCUGAUGAACGCCCCUAGAAUCCCCCAUGGUACCGCCGCGGGGGAGCCCGCGGUCCGAAUGGUGAAGAUCGAAGAAAUGCACAACAGGGCCAGGCGAAAGAUGGAGAACAACAACGUGUUGCUUCUAGACGACAGCGACGACGAGGACGGCGGGAACCAAAGCAAAGCAAACGCUCCCGAAGAGCUCCGGCGGAUCCUUUUCUCGAUUCGAGAUCCGCUUGCCAUGGGGGUGCUAACGACUCCCGUGAGAGGCAGAAGGUGUUUACACGUUUCGGUACGUUGCGUGUUUUUGUGCCCGGGGGUGUUCGUGCGUUUGCGCAUGGGUCUGUAUCUAUGCUUCGUCCUUCUCUGUGCGACCACCCCUGGUAAUUUGCUGUGGGCGUUUUCAGCCUGAUCCAAUCCCGAUAUCCUUUGAAAAACGAAUCAUCGGGUAAUCCUCACCCUUUCCCCUUUUUCUCUUUUGAAACAAUGGAUUGUGUGUGGGGGGGGGGGUUGCUUUUCAGUGCUUUGAUUUGAAUAGUUUCUUACACAUGAACAAAUCGGCGAGUGGCCAGAGGUGGAAGUGCGGCUACUGCGAAAACUUUAUUUCUUACGAAGAUCUCGAGCUCUGUCCCCUGACCGAAAAAGCGGUGAAACUCUUUGGCAGCGAGGUCACAAAUCUCCAGCACAUGGUGGAAUUCAAGGAAGACAAAAGCAUGUCCUUCUGUAAGCGGGUGAAAACCCACCAGGAGAGGGCAAAGGCAAAGAAGGCAGCAGCGGCACUGAGCAACACCCACGGUGGCAAUCCAGCAAUCGCGGGGGGGGGAGCGAACGACGUCGUCGACCUUUUGGAUUCGGAUUCGGAGUAGAAGCAGCGGCAUGUGUAUGGUUUGCAAGGAAACAUUCUGUGUGCUAGGUUUUCCGAGAGCAAUUUUGCCACGGAGUUCCCUGGGGUGCGAUGUCGACAAGCCAACGCACAGAACCACGGCGCAAUAAGUAGCCUAAUUCCAU